UUCAGGCGGCGGUUGCCCACGAUGAUGCCUUUCAAGGGAUCUGGCCUUGGGCUCCUCACCUUUCUGGUGUCUGUUCUGGCACUGGGAGCCUACUGUGCACCUAACCAUCAGUCAUUCUUAAACAAGCACUAUGAUUAUCCCAAGAGCAGCGUUGGAAAUAAGUAUUGUGACGUCAUGAUGAAAAGACGUAGGCUGGACAGACCAUGCAAGGACAUGAACACCUUCAUCCACGACACCACGAAUAACAUCAAAGCUGUGUGCACUGAAUCUGGAGGAAAGGAUUAUGGGAACGGGCUGAGGAUCGCCCUCCGCCCCUUCACUGUCACCACCUGCAAGCACAAAGGUGGCUCAACUCGCCCACCUUGCAAAUAUUCAGAUAACAAAUCGCCCAGAUACAUUGUCAUUGCCUGUAAUCAGAAUGGAGAGCCUGUGCACUUCGAAGAAGAGAUCAUUGUCACAGUGUAAGAUUUUCAACGCCCAGAUCCAAAUACUCAGCUUUUUAACAAUUAUGCCAUCCUUUGCAACUCCACAGAAAAUCCCCCUUUGCUGCCAUUCUGUCUAGCUCUGCUUUUCUGCAAUUAAAAAACAAACAAACAAAAAAUCCUUAAGUGGCAAACAAACAUGCUUUGAUUCUGUGAAAGCAGCAAUGUCUGUUACUAUUAAACUGAGGAGAA